AUGAUUAUCUAUGAAAAUAGUAAUAACUACAACAACUGACACGACGACGUCGACGAUAAUAUCACAGAAUAGAUAAAUCUAUCGUAUUAUUAUCAUUUAUUCGUGAUUCUAACACACUACUCAUGCGGUGCCGCCCUCCCGAAAAUACCAAUAGCAUUUUUUAAAUUUUUCACGCGAUAACGAUAAAUAACAAAUUAAUCUGAAAUUGUGAAAUCAGUGAAUCACUAUAAUCAGUGACUCAGUCUCAGACCUCCAUAGGCUUCAAGUAGGUGUUCACUGCUGUAGUUCGUAGACUACGGUCAUCUGGUGACUAGUAGCAUCGAUAUCGUUGUGCGUACUGCGUUCCGAUUCCCAAGAAUAUUGUAAGUGUCAAAAAAUUAAAAUGUAUUCCAAUCCAAAUGCAGCACCAGCACCACCAGGAUUUUCUCAAUAUCCGCCACAUAACCAAUAUCCACCACCACAAAACCAAUAUCCACCACCACAAAACCAAUAUCCACCUACUGGUAAUCCAAAUCAAUAUCCACCUGUUGGUAAUCAAAGUCAACCUUAUCAACAUGACCAAUAUAAUAUGUAUCAACAUCAACAACAAAUGCCGGCACAACAAAAUCAAGGAUAUGCUUUAGUUCAAAAUCCAAACUACCCACCUCCAUAUUCACAGCCGGGUUAUGGACAAGUUAUUCAGCAUCAACCCGGUGCUUAUCAACCAUCUCCUCAAGUUGUAGCUGAUGGUUGGAUGCCUAUUCCUCAAUCUAUACCACAAAACUGUCCAAAUGGACUUCAGUAUCUUUCAACAAUUAAUCAGUUACUUGUUAAACAACAAGUGGAAGUUUUAGAAGCCUUAUUGGGGUUUGAGACCAAUAACAAGUAUACUAUUAAAAAUAGCGCUGGUCAAAAAGUGUUUUAUGCUGUUGAAGAUAAUGAUUGUUGUACUCGAAAUUGCUGCGGGCCAAUAAGACCGUUUGAAAUGAAAAUUUUGGAUAACUAUAAAAAUGAAAUUAUCCAUUUAUCGAGGCCUUUAGCAUGUCAAUCCUGCUUUUUUCCUUGUUGUUUACAGAGAAUUGAAGUAUUUUCCCCACCUGGGUGUUUGGUUGGGAUCGUUGAACAAGAUUGGUCAAUUUUAACACCAAUAUUUACCAUCCGUAAUGCAGCUAAUGAAGAAGUAUUAAAAAUCGAAGGACCGAUAUGUCGAUAUAGUAUGUGUGGAGGAGAUGUCGAAUUUAAAAUAUUAUCUAAAGACAAAACCACUGUAGUUGGCCGUAUAUCUAAACAAUGGUCUGGACUUUUAAGAGAAGUAUUUACUGAUGCCGAUUUCUUUGGUAUAACUUUUCCUAUGGAUCUUGAUGUCCGUAUGAAAGCUGUUAUGCUAGGAGCUUGUUUUUUGAUAGAUGUUAUGUUUUAUGAAAAGCGAGGAAAUGCAGAAAGUGAUGGUAUUGGGCUUUGUUAACUUAGCUAUCUUCUACCGUAUAAUAAUUAUAUUAUUAUUAACUUUAUAAUCAAAACAAAUAUAUGCAGUUAUGUGCAUUUAUAUUUUCUUUUCUUUAAGAAUAAUAAAUUAAAAUCUUAAACUUCAAUUUUUACUUUAAUAAAAUUAUGUAUUAUUUUUACAUAUUAAAUUAUAGUUUUUGAAAUACAAUUUUUAUACAUUCAUAGUUCAUAUUCUAUAAUUUCAUAUUUGUUUCUUGUUUCACUACAGUUUGAAUAAUACGAAUAUUAUUCUGUGCCAUGUAAAAAAAAUUUCAAUGUUUGUCCAGUUAAAUUAGAAAAAAUUCCUAGAUUAAAGCUGUUUUUAAUGUUAAUGCAUUUAGUGCGUGUUAGCCAUCCCAUUACUUUCAUUAUGUAUAGAAGCCCAUAUCCUUAAAUUAUUCCUAGUAUUCUAUCGAUGAGAUAGAGUGAGAAUGGCCAACUUUAAUAGACUUACGAUCAACCCCAAAAUUUUCUGAGAUGUCGUGAUCGACGAAAAAAAAAAAAUUCAAUAAACAAAAAAUAUAUUAUACAUGUUCAUGCGUGUUUGAUAUCUGUGUAUAAUCUCGUUUAUCAUAGUUAUCUAUUGUUUUUUUCUAAAUAAAAUUUUUAUACAAAUUUACAAAAAAAAAAAAUAUUUUAAUUGUUUUCUGAAAAAAAUUCAAGAAAAUGCAUAAGGUCGUCGCGAUUGACCAGUCGAUUGCGAUUGACCAGUCGAUUGCGAUUGACUAGUUGGCCACCCCUGAAAUAAAGUAUAUACAAAGCUAGCUUAUUAAGAAUUCAAAAUUUAAAUGUAUAUUUAGUAAUUUUAUUUUUUUAGAAUUUGACAAAUACAUAAUUCCAGACUUAUUUUCAAUUUUUCUUAUUAUAUCAUUUAAUUUAGGUAAUAAUAUUAACUUCUCCGUGCAAAUUCUAUGGCUUUGUUUAUAAACAAAUAUUUAAUACGAUUGUAUUAAUAAUAACUAACGAAUUUAAAACUAUAUACUUAACUGACUUUUAA